UAUAUAAAUUGAAAAAAAAGGAAAAAAAAAAAGGGAUGUGAAGAACAAUAUAUAAAAAGCAGGGGAGGCAUGCAGAGGAAAAUAUCAACCUAAGGUAGUUGUAAACUGAUAAACUGCUUAUCUUUUAAAGAACAAAUAUUUCCUUACUUUCACACUUCAUUAUAAACCCUUCAAACUCUUUAUUUUCUACAACAAACUAUAAUUCAUCACUAAAAAUAUCCCAAUUUUUUGUGUAAGAAAAUUUAAUUUUCCUAGAAGUUUUUGAGUUGUAACGACAGUUAUGAAGAUUAUACCAUCUAUGGAGUCAGUAGUAGCGGAGUUAGAAGGAACACUUGUGAAGGAUCCGGACCCGUAUUCAUACUUCAUGCUUAUUGCAUUCGAGGCCUCGGGUCUUAUUCGAUUCACCUUACUUCUCCUUCUAUGGCCUAUUAUUCGUUUUCUUGACUUGGUGGGCAUGAAGGAUGCUGGAUUUAAGCUUACUACUUUUGUCGCGGUAGUAGGGGUUCGGCUUUCUGAUAUUGAGUCCGUGGCACGGGCGGUUCUACCCAAGUUUUAUAUGGAUGAUGUUGAUAUUGAUGCUUGGAGGGUUUUUAGUCAAUAUGAUAAAAAAGUUGUGGUGACUAAAACUCCUAGGGUUAUGGUGGAGAGGUUUCUUAAGGAUCAUUUGAAGGCCGAUGAAGUUAUUGGGAGUGAGUUGGUUGUGAACCGGUUUGGAUAUGCAAUGGGGUUUGUUCGUGAUGUUGGGUCUGAUUCAGGUCGGGUUGCUAAGUUAUUUGGUGAUGAGACACCUUCUUUGGGGCUUGGAGGGUCAAGUAUAAAUGACAGCAACACAUUCUUUUCACUUUGCGAGGAACAAUGCCACCCACCAUUCAACACAACAGACAAGCUUCUCAAUGGCCACCGUGAUCUCAACCGUCCACUUCCAGUGAUCUUCCACGACGGGCGCCUAGUAAAGCGGCCAACACCCUUCAUCGCGCUCCUCAUCCUCCUAUGGCUCCCUAUUGGUGUAGUCCUAGCAGUCAUCCGAAUGUCAUUUGGCCUAAUCCUCCCGUUCUGGCUAGUACCCUACGUGACAGCUGUCUUUGGUGGCGGCGUCAUAGUGAAGGGCAAGCCACCGGCCUCAUCCGGUGGUGUCCUCUACGUGUGCACCCACCGAACCCUAAUGGACCCCGUAAUACUUUCCUACGUCUUAGGCAGGAGGAUCCCAGCCGUUACAUAUUCUAUUUCAAGGGUGUCCGAAAUACUUUCACCAAUUCCAACCAUUCGAUUAACCCGUGAUCGCCACGUGGAUGCCGAAAGAAUUAAAAAAGAGCUAGGAAGAGGGGACUUAGUCGUUUGUCCUGAGGGUACUACAUGUAGGGAACCUUUUCUAUUAAGGUUUAGCGCCUUAUUUGCUGAAUUAACCGAUAAUAUUGUCCCCGUUGCUAUGAACUAUAGGGUCGGGUUCUUCCACGCAACCACGGCCCGUGGUUGGAAGGGUUUGGACCCAUUUUUCUUUUUCAUGAACCCUAGACCUAUCUAUGAGGUGACCUUCUUGAACCAACUACCCGCCGAGGCUACUUGCUCAGCCGGUAAAAGCCCUCAUGACGUGGCAAAUUACGUGCAACGUAUAUUGGCCGCUACAUUAGGGUUUGAAUGCACCAACUUCACAAGGAAGGACAAGUAUAGGUUGUUGGCCGGAAACGAUGGCACCGUGUCGAAUGCUAAGAGUUCAUGGCUUCUUGGUAGCAUAAGGAAGGUGGUGAGCACUUGCAAGCCUUUCAUUCACUAAUACAUGCAACAUAUUUUCCCCCCAUUUUUAAAAAUUUUACAGAAUAGUUUGCCUCUACUCUAUGUCCAUGAAUCUUUUAAUUUAUUUGGUGGUCUUAAUUAAUUACUUAAAUUAAAUCAAAGGGGAUAAUUUAUUAAUUAACAUGCUUUGUAUAGAAGUAGAGGCUAGUCAUUUUUAUUUAUUUAUUUAUUUAUUUGCAUCUUUUCUUUAUGAAAAAAUUCAUAUUAGAUUUUUUUUUUCUCUUUUUGAAGCUAGUGAAUGUAAAAAUAAGGUAUGUAUUGUGAGAAUGUUGCUGGCAGAUUAUCAUCUGUUAGUUUAUUCAUAAUUUCAAAGUUAAAUUCAUGCAAUUCAAUAACAUAUUCUUCAA